AUGGGUCAAGUGCUUAACGUUGGCGGCGGUAAACUACAAUCGUACAACAAAGCACUCCUUGAGAAAAAGCUCUUUUGGACUCAAGGGCCCUUUACUACCCUCACAAACCAUGUCCAAAGAGUCCUCCCCACUUCGAUCAUCUACGGAGACAAGGGCUUGGAGCUAUGGGCAAGUAUCACACACUUACCAAGCUAUUACCAAACAAGAGGAGAGGCCGCCUUGCUCAUCGAGAAUUCCGAAGAUCUGGCCAGAUGGAUCCAGAAGGAGAGUGUCUUGAUCGACCUCGGCUGCGGGGACAUACGCAAGCUCAUACCAUUGUUGGAAGAACUUGACCGCUUGCAAAAGCCGGUGACUUAUUGUCCACUUGACCUUUCUCAUAAGUCAAUUGAACGAGCUAUGGAGCAGACGAGAGUCUCUCUUCUUCCCUACAUAAGUGUCACCGGCCUAUGGGGCACGUUUGAGGAUGGCGUGGAGUGGGCUAAUCGUGCUUGUGUCGAUCGGCCUAGGGUGUUUCUUGCACUGGGCUCAAUGUUGGGUAAUGACCACUUUGAGGACGCGGUUGAGCGCCUCAAAUGGCUGCGCUCCACAGGCCUUCGCAAUGAACAUGACAGGAUUCUUCUGACCAUGGAUGGGACCAAAGACAUGGACAAAAUUUGCAAGUCAUAUGACGAUGUAGGGGGUCUGUUCACCCAGUUUAUUCGUCAAGGCUUUGAAAAUUCGAAUCAUGUCCUCGGUAACAAUUGGUACCGCCACGAAGACUGGUCCCUCCAACGUAGAUUCACUGAUAACCCAACGAUGCACCGGUUCGUCUUGAAGGCGAAUCAAGGCAUAGAAUGUCCAACGAUGAAUGUGAAGUUCCGCGAAGGGGAUGAAAUUGAUUGUUACGAAGGUUUCAAGUAUGGGCCGGAGGACAUGGCAAGACAGUUCAAGGCAGCUGGUAUCAGAGAGUACGCGCGCUGGAAAGGGCCAGAAGAUGAUAUCUGUAAGUGA